AUGGGCAUCGCGUCCCUGGUGACUCAACAUUCUGCACUAGCCUCCCUUCAUGCUGCUGUCGAGGCAGACAACAGCUGCUUGGAAGGCUCGAUCGCCCAUUUGGAAGAAUCCCUCAAUUUGUUUUCUGAAGUUGCCCUGCAGAAUCGGAGAGGACUUGACCUUCUCUUUUUGAAAGAGGGUGGACUCUGUGCCGCACUGGGGGAGGAAUGCUGUUUCUAUGUCAAUCAUAGUGGAGUCAUUCGGGAUACCAUGCGGGAACUCCGCGAGGGUUUAGAGCUCAGACGAUGCCAACGAGAGUCCUCUACCUAUACCUGGGGCUUUCACACUCUUCUCCCAUACCUACUCCCCUUCUUGGGUCCCCUUACUGCACUCUUGUUAGUUGCUACUAUUGGCCCUUGCGUGUUUAACCAUCUAAUCAGCUUUAUCAAACAGCAGGUUGCCUUACUGGUGGCAGCACCUAUACAGGUGCAUUAUCACCGCCUGGCAAUGGAAGAUGCUCCCCUAGACCAUGCGGCCACAAAUUCUGCUGCUACAGAAGACGGCUCGCAGGAAUGUGGAAAGGCCUUUGCGAAAGCCUCAAGUCUUAGUGUACAUAGGAGAAUUCACACUGGAGAGAAACCGUAUAUAUGUAAGGAAUGUGGGAAGACCUUUGCUGUAGCCUCAAGUCUUAGUGUACAUAGGAGAAUUCACACUGGAGAGAAACCGUAUAUAUGUAAGGAAUGUGGAAAGGCCUUUGCUAGAGCCUCAAGACUUAAUUUACAUAGGAGAAUUCACACUGGAGAGAAACCAUAUAUAUGUAAGGAAUGUGGGAAGGCCUUUGCUGAAUCAUCAAGACUUAGUGUACAUAGAAGAAUUCACACUGGUGAGAAACCAUAUAUAUGUAAGGAAUGUGGAAAGGCCUUUGCGAAAGCCUCAAGUCUUAGUGUACAUAGGAGAAUUCACACUGGAGAGAAACCGUAUAUAUGUAAGGAAUGUGGGAAGACCUUUGCUGUAGCCUCAAGUCUUAGUGUACAUAGGAGAAUUCACACUGGAGAGAAACCGUAUAUAUGUAAGGAAUGUGGAAAGGCCUUUGCUGUAGCCUCAAACCUUAGUGCACAUAGGAGAAUUCACACUGGAGUGAAACCGUAUAUAUGUAAGGAAUGUGGAAAGGCCUUUGCUUUGGCCUCAAGACUUAGUGAACAUAGGAAAAUUCACACUGGAGAGAGACCAUAUAUAUGUAAGGAAUGUGGGAAGGCCUUUGCUAUAGCCUCAAAACUUACAGUACAUAGGAGAAUUCACACUGGAGAGAAACCGUAUAUAUGUAAGGAAUGUGGGAAGUCCUUUGCAGAAGCCUCAAUCCUUAGUGUACAUAGGAGAAUUCACACUGAAGAGAAACUGUAUAUAUGUAAGGAAUGUGGGAAGGCCUUUGCUACAGCCUCAAGACUUAGUCUACAUAGGACAAUUCACACUGGAGAGAAACCGUAUAUAUGUAAGGAAUGUGGGAAGGCCUUUGCUUUGGCAUCAAGACUUAGUGUACAUAGGAGAAUUCACACUGGAGAGAAACCGUAUAUAUGUAAGGAAUGUGGGAAGGCCUUCGCUGGAGCCUCUACACUUCAGUUGCUUGAACGUGCCCAGUAA